GGCGCAGACUUCCUCCCGAGCCCGCGGGACCGGAGCCGCAGAUGACAUUUGUUCGGGGUCUCCGGGACCGGAGCCGCAGAUGACAUUUGUUCGGGGUCUCCGGGACCGGAGCCGCAGAUGACAUUUGUUCGGGGUCUCCGGGACCGGAGCCGCAGAUGACAUUUGUUCGGGGUCUCCGGGACCGGAGCCGCAGAUGACAUUUGUUCGGGGUCUCCGGGACCGGAGCCGCAGAUGACAUUUGUUCGGGGUCUCCUCCUCUCGACUAUUUUAAGCGUCAGUGCGCGUGCGCAGAAGAGGGCAAACAAGUACACACCUGUUCGCUUCCCCGACAAAGGAGGCGCGUAAAGCGGUGUGACUUAAGAGUUGGACUGCGGUACCGGCCCGGCUCAGCAUGUCACCAUGGUGCACCGAGCAAGAUGAUCCCGAAUGGCGCGACAGGACGCGGUGCGCUGCGUGCGUGUGCUGCUCUACACUCUCAACCUGCUCUUCUGGCUGAUGUCAGCGUGCAUUCUGGGAGUGGCGGCGUGGAUCCGAGAUUCCUUGAACGCUGUCCUGACCCUGACGGCUCACACCAGGCUGGAGGAGGCGGCCGUGCUGACGUUCUCUCCGCUCGUUCACCCGGUGCUGGUGCUGGUGUGCUGCUUCCUGCUGAUGGUCGCCAUGUUGGGCGUGUGUGGCACGCUGCGCUGCGACCUGCUGCUGCUGUCAUGGUACUUUUGCUGUCUGAUGGUCAUCUUGUGUGUGGAGCUGGCCAGCGCUGUUUGGACUUACGAGCAGCCUCCCGUGCAUCGCUCUGACAUGAUCAGCCUGAAGUUCCGGAUGUCAAACUUUGGCCAUCAUCACCAUCAGUGGCUAACACACACCUGGGACACCUUUCAGACGGAGUUUAAGUGCUGCGGCGUGAUCUACUUCACCGACUGGCUGGAGAUGACCGAGAUGGAGUGGCCGCCUGACUCCUGCUGCUCCAAUCAGUAUCCAGGAUGUGCUGGCCACGCCCACCAACAUGACCUCAGCGAUCUCCACCAAGAGGGUUGCGGUCCAAAGAUUUUGUCUUUCAUUCGCGGCAGCACGCUGCUACAGCUGUUGCGUUUCCUGGGCGUGGCCAUGGGCGUGGCCCAGAUCCUGGCCAUGGCGCUCACUCUGAUGCUGCUGUGGGCGCUUUAUUAUGGCCGUAAACUACACACAGACCCGACGUUGGUGCAUGGUGGCACCGUGGCCGUGACUCAUGACGCCUCGCAACUGUAGGGCAUACUUGCCAACUGUAGGGCAUACUUGCCAACUGUAGGGCAUACUUGCCAACUGUAGGGCAUACUUGCCAACCCUCCCGGAUUUUCCGGGAGACUCCCGAAAUUCAGCGCCUCUCCCGAAAACCUCCAGGAAAAAAUGUUCUCCCGAAAAUCUCCCGAAAUUCAGCCGGAGCUGGAGGCCACGCCCAAUCACGUUACAACAUCUAUGGAUUUGAAUAAAAAAACUUCACACACAAGGAGACGAAGCAGAAGAACGAGGAAGUUACAGCCAUGGCAACACUGUCUGUAAUAGAGUGAUUCUAUGUUGUCUGUUGCCAUCUCCUGGUGAAUGUUGGCUACAGCGUUAUGGGGUUGCUUUUAAUUGGCCAAUGAUUUACGUGGUGUUGCGCACCUGACGGUAAGUAAGGGAGUUUGUUCUGAUUCCUGAAGCCCACAGUAAAGAGACGUAAGUUCA